AUGGCGCUUGGACAACAACAAGCCACAGAACGCAUGGAGGAAGAUGCCCAGGCAGAAGAAGGCAAAGAUGGAUCUCCACAAAAGCGGGGGAGAGUACAGGAACAGCCGCUCACCCUGUCUAUGCUCAAGGAAGUCCUUGCGGCAGAAAGACAAGCUGAUCGCCACCACCUUGCUGAAAAUUUGGAGCGGAUGCAGGGGGACUUCCGUGACAUGAGAAGCCGUGUGGACAGCGUGGAGAAGGGGAUUACCGACAACUACGACGAGCAGGCGAAGGCCAUUGGGCAGGUGCAAGCAGAGCAGAAAGCCAUUCAGCAGCGCCUUGAACAGCUGCAGCAAAGGUGCCGCUUGACGUGGGGGACAUGUUUGUUCCCGGCUUACGCCGGGGAUAUGCAAUUAUCCCUAUCAGACAACGGGGGAUGGAGACAGAAGAAGAGCGACGCAGCCGAGUACAACAAGCAGUUCAACGAGUCCGCAACGCAAACAUAA